AGGGAAGCUGCAUAAUACAAUCCUUUGCUGGUCUGCCAAACACAAACAGGCUGCACCGAGACGUAUCUUUCAAAUCUCAACACCAUGCUUCGAGUUGGAAACCUUGUAAGUAAGAGUAGCCAGGUUCGAAGGCUGGCGGCCCGCCCCCUGGCGGCUGCUUCCACCCAGUCCGCCGCUCCCCAGCGCCGCGAAAUGUGCGGGCUCGUGGCGGCGAUCGACGAUAUUUGGACGGUCCGAUCUGCCGGAACGACCCGUGGUCCGAUUCCAAUUCUCGACGAUCGCGAGGCUCUCCGCCAGACGACACGAAUCCUGGAUCACCGCGGUCCCGAUGGUUACGAGAUCAGCACCGGCACGGUCGGUGGGGACGCCGAUUCGGCAAACCACGCCCGUUGGUCCAUGGGACACACCCGUUUGGCCAUUGUAGAUCCGUCGAACCGUUUUGCGGACAUGCCCUUCAAUCUGAAAUUUCGAACCGGCGCAGAGGGUUCCGAAAAGAUUGUCCAUCUCGCAGCCAAUGGAGAAAUCUACAACCACGAAGAUAUUUACAAGAAAAUGGUGGAGAACGAUGGCUGGGAUCACGAGCGCAUUUCGGGAUCCGAUUGCGAGGUGAUUGCGCACGCAUUUGCCAAGUAUGGGGGACCCAAGGCUGCUGCUAUGCUCGACGGUAUGUUUGGAUUCGUCGCCUUUGAAGAAGACGUCCAAACCGGAAAGAUUACCGCGUUCGCCGCUCGCGACCCCGUCGGAAUCAAGCCUUUGUACUACGGACGAACCCUUUGCAGCUCCAAGGACAGCGACGAGGCUGCCGCAUACGUAUUCUCCAGCGAACUCAAAGCGCUAGUGGGACACGCUGAUCCCGCUACCGUGGUUGCCAUUCCUCCGGGACAUUACUGGACUCCAGAAGAGGGCUUGGUGUGCUACUACAACCCCGAAUGGCUCCGCAACGAUGACUAUGCCCCGUGGGAAGAUGAAGCCCACAAGGUGACCGACGACGAAAUCCGUGAGGCUUUCACAAAAGCUGUCAAGAAGCGAAUGAUGGCCGAUGUCGACUAUGGAUUUUUCCUCUCCGGGGGUGUUGACUCGUGCAUUGUAAGCCACGACCUUCUUCCCCUGUACCGCCAGGAACGCCUAAAAGAAUUCGGAGACGACCGCCCGAUCCCUACGUAUACUGUUGGAAUGGAAAACUCUCCCGAUGUCAUGGCAGCUCGUGCCAUGGUUGACAAUCUUGGUGGAGACAAAUACAUUACCCACAACGUUCGAUCGUUCACACCCGACGAGGUUUUCGAUCUGAUCCCAAAAAUCAUCUAUCACAUGGAGACCUACGAGGCAGAACUUAUCCGAAGUGCCAUUCCCAACUGGCUCCUGGCAGAACGUGCCGCUGUCGAUGUCAAGAUGGUGCUCACGGGUGAAGGAGCGGACGAGCUUUUCGCGGGUUACCUUUACUUCCAAGACGCCGAAACCCCGAGACAGGUACAAAACGAGCUUCGUCGAAUUUACGGCAUGCUUGGAAACAUCAACCUUCACCGCACAGACCGAAUGACCAUGGCGCACUGCCUUGAAGCGCGUGUUCCGUUCCUCGAUACCGAGUUUACCAAACUCGUCAUGAGUGUCGAUCCAGCCCGAAAGAUGGUCGAUCCGGAAGCCGUGAAGAAGAACACGCGGGGACGAGAAAAGUCAAUGCUGAGAGAAUUGUUUGAAGAACCUAAUGCCAACGGCGACGUCAUUCCUACACCUGUUUUGUGGAGAGCUAAGGCCAUGCAGUGCGAGGGUGUUGGAGAGGACUGGGUUUCCAUCCUCCAACGCCGUGUUUCGGGACUUGUAUCUGACGCCGAGAUGGACGAGGCGCACAUUACUUACCCUAUCAACACUCCUCAAACAAAGGAGGAAUUAUACUACCGCAGAAUUUACGACGAGAACUUCCAUGGCCUUGAACAUGUUGUGAAGCUGUGGGAAGGUGGUGGCCGUGCCAUGGGCGCCGAAUGGAAGAGUAAUCUGUACACCCGUGAGGGCUUGAAGGAUGUCAACCUCCUGUCGCAUUCUUUGCAAAACAAGAACCAAGCCAGAGCGUUCUCCACAUCGGCAGGACCAACCAUGUCCCGAGGCCUCCAUACCGGCGGUGUUGCGGGUACUAGAAGUUUCUCAACCUUGCCCGUGCAAAAAUUCGAAGAAGAGCCAUACGAGUCCGCAAAAGCUAAGGGAUUCGACGACUUUGAAGCGAUGUUGACCUGCGGCGGAGAUGAUAGAUCCUUGAUCCUCGAUUCUUCUACCAACAAGUACCACAUCAAACCUCAGCCGGUCGACCCGGCCCACGUUUUCCGUGGCAGCUGCACCGGAAACCCGCCCACCCAACGUGGUUACGACGCCGCUAAGAAGCUUUACGACCAGCUCUCUGCGAUGCCCGAUGGAAGCCUCGAUGGUGCCAUCAGCGACGUAUUUGCGGACCAAAGAAAGAGAAUCGCAAAAAUUUUGGAACUCGAAGAAGGUACCGAAGUCAUCAUCGUGCCCAGUGGAUCCGACGCCGAAUACUUGCCACUUGCCAUCGCGAGAGCACUGAAGGGAGAUGUUCCUAUUUCCAACGGAGUUACUCAACUCCAGGAGAUUGGAGCUGGAACUGCCCCUGCGUCCGUUGGGGAAUACUUUUCAACUCAUGCCCCGUUGAAAGGAAAGCUUGACGAAGGCACCAAAUACCUGUCGGGAUUCGAAACCUUUGACGGAAUCGCUAUUCCAGCCCGGGAGAAGAAUGGAGAUGUUAUUGACGCAUCGAAGAAAAUGGAGGAAUUCGUGGCCUCCACAAUAGCAAAGGGAUCGUAUCCCAUCGUUCACGGUGUCUUUGGAGGAAAGACCGGGGUUCGUGACGAAACAAUGCCCGGAAGCCAGGAUGCAGGCGAAACAUCGCUCGGUGUUGUCGACGCUUGCCAGGGAAGAUUUUCCUUGGACGAACUUCACGGAUGGCUAAAGCAGGACUCAAUUGUUCUGUACACUUCUAGCAAGUUUUACCAGGCUCCACCAUUCUGUGGUGCGGUCAUUAUUCCACCUACGAUUGCUGCCAAGCUUCGUGCCGCACCAGCACCAGAGCCAAAAGAUAUGUACACUCUUGAUGGUCUCGGUGGAUUCCUCACCGACAAAGAACUCCCCGAUUGUCUUGAAAACUGGAAGCCAUUGCUCGCGAAAGACGACAGUGCUAACCUCGGUCUUGCAUUGAGAUGGGAAGCCGGACUAGCAGGCAUGGAAGGUAAGAACAACUGGCACUGUUUGGAUCCCAGGACAAAUCCAGUCUGCAGUGCAUGAAUGAUACCAAAAAAUAACAAAACUAACUCAUCGCUUGCUUUGCUUUGCACCCUACCCCAAUUUGAUUAAAAAACUUCAGCCCUCGCGAGCAUUCCAGAUGGCCAGCGAACCGAAGCCUACAAGGAAUGGGCCGGCUCCGUCGCUUCCAUGGUGAACGAACGAACAGAAUUGGAUGCCUGGUGCGUGGAACGAAGCAUCGUAAGCAUUCGUGUCGCAAAGGGCGACGGAUGGUUGAGCAUGAGCGAGCUCCGAGAUCUGUACCGCUGGAUGAGCAUGGAUGUUUCCGGUUUGGUGCCUGACGCUACGCCAGAAGAAAAGGAUGCCCUUUCCAAACCCGCCUACAUUGGCCAACCUGUCGACGUGAGUGAAACCCAUGCAAUUGUACGAAUCGCCCUCGGGGUGGAAUCUAUGCUGUCCUACUUUGAGGACAAGGAGAAAACCCUAACUGAGGACCAAGUCACCGUACUCAAGCUUGCAGCGAUCGGCAAACACUUUGAUACCCUGAAAAAGUCGGGACAGUAAACAAUGUUUGGAACAAAGAACUGAACAGAACAUAGCGCAAAUACUCAAUUCAAAAUAUAGAUAACAAAAAAGC